GCAAUUUUAAAAGGAUGUUCAUGAGAGUUGAUACUUGAUACCAACUAUUCUUAAUCAAUCAAUUGGCAUUUCCAAACCCAUAAAUUCAAACCAACAGAAGAAGAAAGACUUACUUGCUCUGCUGUUCAACCUGCUGCAAUGAAUCUCAUCCCUCCAUUCCUGAACGCUGGAACUCUAAUACUUGCCCUUGUUCUUUUUCUUUCUUAUUACUUUCUCUUCUUGAGGAUUCCCAAAUCAGGAAAAGGCAAGCAGGUCCCAGAAGCAGGGCGGUCCUGGCCUGUUAUAGGUCACCUCUUUUCCCUGGCGGGAACUGAGCUUCCCCACUUGAAAUUUGCAGCCUUGGCAGACAAAUACGGGCCAAUUUUCAUGGUCAGGAUCGGUUUGUUCCCAACUCUGGUGGUCAGCACUUCGGAACUGGCCAAGGAACUCUUCACCACCCACGAUGCAGCCAUAUCGUCGCGCCCCGAUCUCACUGCCUCGACGAUUCUGAGCAACAACCGUGCCGACUUUUCAUUUACCCCAUACGGUGAAUAUUGGCGACAGAUGAGGAAAAUCACAGCCCUGGAGCUGCUCUCCAGUCGCAGGAUCGAGCUGCUGAAACAUGUUAGGACUUCGGAAGUGGAAGGGACCAUGAAGAGUCUCUACAAGCUGUGGGAGAAGAGCAACAACAGAAGUGAAGGCGGGAAGGACAGAGUCCGUGUUCAGAUGAACAAGGUGUUUGGGGAUAUGAAUUUGAAUAUUAUGCUCCGGAUGGUUGUAGGGAAGAGGUACUUUGGCACGCAUGCUGCAGAGGACGACGAGCAGCGAGAGGCUGAGAGAUGCAGGAAGCUGAUGAGAGACUUCUUCCGUUAUGCAGGGCAGCUUGUUGUGAGAGAUUUGUUUCCAUUUCUUGGGUUUCUGGACAUAGGAGGACAUGAGAAGAUCAUAAAGAAACUCCAUGUAGAAUUGGACAAAUUUGCUGAAGAAUGGAUCGAGGAGCAUCGUAGCAAGAGGAGAACAACUUCCUGUAAGGAUGAUGAACAACAAGACUUCAUAGAUGUGUUGCUCUCUGUCCUGAAAGAUGCAGACCUUGCUGGUUAUGAUCCGGAUACAGUUUGCAAAUCCACAAUCAUGGUAUUGAACGGUUCAACCCCUGAACUUCAUACUAAACAAAAAUCCAUGUUACUGAUGGAUUCGCACCCUUUCUUCCCCUUUUGUUGUUUUUUGUGGCAGGCACUGAUUGCUGGAGGAACUGAUACAACAACCGGGACUAUAAUCUGGGCCCUUUCCGUACUUCUGAACCAUCCAAGUAGCUUGAAAAAGGUUGUUGGAAAUGAAUGUAUAUGAAUAGCUUUGAAAGCUAUAGAGUCUCUAGUGGAAAAAACUACCACAUUGGUAGUUUUACUUGGUGAAAUGUGUAUAAAGAUAGGAGCCUCUCUCCCAAGGGCAUGCCCCUUGGGGUGACCCACUUUUGUGGGAGAGGGAGGACCUAAUGGACCACCACACACACGCGCGCGCGCGCGCCGUCCGACCGGUCGGUCGGUCGGUUGGUUGGUUCACUUGAGACUAUAUAUAUAUUUUUGGAGAAAUUCCGAACGAAAUUAAUUAUUUAAUAAUUAAUUAUUAAUCUG